UAUUACGUCAGUAGCGGCGAUUAGGUUUAAUGGAUGCACCAAGAACUGUGUUAUCUAUGACUAUGACUAUGGCCUUGAUUCCUUCCGAUUGCUUUGAGAAAGCAUUCUUCGUUAUACAGCUUGAAGCUUGUCAAAUUUCAGAAAAAUAUCUUGCUGUAAAUAAUUUUCUAGAUUAUGUACAAAGAACUUGGUUACCAAUAUCAUCGAAAGUUAGUGUUUCUAACUGUCCUUCAAGAACGAAUAACAUAACAGAAAGCUUCCAUAAUAUAGCAGGAAAAAAAUUCAGCAAAUCUCAUGGAAACGUAUGGGACUUUUUAGAUAAUUUAAGGAAAUUGAUUAUUGAUGAAGAACUAAAAUUAAAACGUCUACAGGCUGGCGAAAUAAGUGGAAAUCGUUCGAGUAUUAGAAACAAAAGACGGGAUUCUAAAAUACUCGAAGCUCAAGGAGCUUAUGCAUCUGGCAGGUCAGAUAAUAACAGUGAACUCUAUACAUACUGGAAUGAGUGAUC